AUGUUACCUUGUCAGGAUAAGGGGAUAAUGAACUAUGUGAAUGUUUUCGAGGAUAUAGUGAAAGACCAUCUGGCGACCUUAGAUGUAACCUUGAAGAUCAUUGUACUCCCUGUGGAGCAGUACCUUUUCACAGGAUCAGAUGAUUCUCCAGUACCUUCAUCAGACCCCUGUCACAGAGAUGCGUCGGUAGCGCGUGAAUAUAGCUAUCUCAUGUCUUGGAUCUCCAAUACCCCUCGGAGUAAUAAUGCGAAGCUGCGGAAGCCAGUAUCCACUCUCUCGAUUCCCGGGGCGAUGAAAAACUGUGGCGGAAUGGCCGCAGGGCCCGUGAGUGGGGGCAGUGGUGUGGUCGGAGGUCCUGGGGGAGAUGAGGCCGCGGUCGCCCUGGUCGGAGUUCAUUCGGAGUACCCCCGAUUCAUGGAGGACCGAGGCCUCGGGGGUGGCUCGCUAAAGGGACCUUCCGGUAGCAUCAGUGCAGGCUCGAAGCACAAACCUAACGUCGGCUACCGCCUCGGCCGACGAAAGGCACUCUUCGAAAAGCGGAAACGCAUUAGUGAUUACGCCCUCGUUAUGGGAAUGUUUGGAAUUAUCGUCAUGGUCAUCGAAAACGAACUCUCGAGCGCAGGGUUAUACACAAAGGCCUCAUUUUAUUCGACUGCACUGAAAACCCUGAUCUCUGUGUCGACUGUGAUACUGCUUGGCCUCAUAUUUGCUUAUCAUGCUUUAGAAGUUCAGUUAUUCAUGAUCGAUAACUGCGCGGAUGACUGGCGGAUCGCGAUGACCUGGCAGCGAAUAUCGCAGAUCUCGAUAGAACUAGCCAUCUGUGCAAUUCAUCCGGUUCCAGGGGAAUAUUAUUUUGUAUGGACUACUAAAUUGGUGAACAAAGGUGGUGAGAUGGGCUCAAAAUUGGUGCCAUAUGAUGUUACCUUAUCCCUUCCGAUGUUCCUGAGGCUUUACCUCAUCUGUCGAGUGAUGCUUUUGCACUCGAAACUGUUCACCGAUGCCUCUUCGAGAAGUAUAGGAGCCUUAAAUCGCAUUAAUUUUAACACGAGGUUCGUCUUAAAAACCCUCAUGACCAUCUGCCCUGGAACUGUUCUACUUGUAUUUAUGGUCUCCCUUUGGAUCAUUGCCUCUUGGACAUUAAGGCAAUGUGAAAGGUUUCAUGAUGAAGAGCACGCGAAUCUGCUUAAUGCAAUGUGGCUCAUCGCGAUCACGUUCCUAAGUGUGGGUUUUGGCGACAUCGUGCCAAAUACGUACUGCGGAAGAGGUAUUGCAGUUUCUACAGGGAUGAUGGGAGCAGGCUGUACUGCAUUACUCGUGGCUGUCGUUUCGAGAAAGCUGGAAUUAACAAGGGCAGAAAAACACGUUCAUAAUUUUAUGAUGGACACACAAUUAACGAAAAGGUUAAAAAACGCAGCAGCGAACGUGUUGCGAGAAACGUGGCUUAUCUACAAACAUACUCGUUUGGUGAAACGUGUAAACCCGGGUCGUGUUCGGGCACACCAACGAAAAUUUCUUUUAGCUAUUUAUGCGCUCAGAAAAGUGAAAAUGGACCAGAGAAAAUUAAUGGACAAUGCCAACACGAUAACUGAUAUGGCCAAGACACAAAACUCAGUCUACGAGAUAGUCUCCGAUAUGAACGUCCGUCACGAAACAUUCGAGGGUCAAUUAAACAGCCUCGAAGAUAAAUUAACGGCACUCCAGGAACAGUUGGAAUUGCUACCGGAAGCGCUCACUCGAUAUUUAGCGCAACACAAUGAACGAUUGGAACAGAGAAGAAACUUUUUACAUCCGGAUACGGCGGUAGCGCUUGCUACACCCGGAAGUGGCGGCGGAGGUGGUUGUGGCGUCAAUAGUUUAGGUAUUGGAAUGUCAGGAAGUAUCGCCUCCUCUCAUCAUCCGUUGACGAGUCUUUCAAAUUCGCCUCUACUGCCUCACUCAAGAAGUGUGCCCAGCGCCCCCAGUGCCGUAUCCCUACAUCCUUGGCCAGCGAGUCCCGUACUUCCACCUGUUUCAAGUCGGACUCCACACCUCGUGCCGGAAACCGGAACCGGAAGACACCACAGCAUCCCAACCCACCCGACACCAACCACGACACAGUCUCAAUCGGCGACGAGACUUACUUAUUCUCAAACAGGCAUGGGAGGUUUGGGAAACAGUCAAGGCUCGGAGAGUUCACGUAGCUGA